AUGGCAGCCGUGAAGCGCCAGAGCGUGGCCAAGCCACCCUUCACCAUCGGCACCCUGCGCAAGGCCAUCCCUGCCCAUUGCUUCGAGCGAUCAGCUCUGCACAGCGCAGCCUAUCUGAUGGUGGAUGUGGCCCUGGUCGCGGCUCUGUAUGUGGCGUCGACGUACAUCGACCCCGCCCCUCUGCCGACCUGGUUAAAGUACACCUUCCUCUGGCCCACGUACUGGUUCUUCCAGGGCGCGGUCGGCACGGGCAUCUGGGUGAUCGCCCACGAGUGCGGCCAUCAGGCCUUCUCCACGUCCCAGACCAUCAAUGACGGAGUUGGGCUGGUGUUCCACUCCCUCCUCCUGGUCCCCUACUACUCGUGGAAGCACAGCCACCGUCGGCACCACUCCAACACGGGGUGCGUGGACAAGGACGAGGUGUUUGUGCCCGCCCAGCGCGAGGAGCCCCAUGAGGGCUUUGAGUGGGAGCAGACCGCCCCCGCCCGCCUUGCCCACAUCGCGGUGGCCCUGCUCCUGGGCUGGCCCCUGUACCUGGCCUUCAACGCCUCCUCCCGCCCCUACCCCCGCUUCGCCAACCACUUCGACCCCUGGUCGCCCAUCUUCUCCAAGCGCGAGCGCGCAGAGGUGGCGCUGUCCGACGCCGCGCUGGUGGCGGUGGUGUCGGGCCUGGGGCUGCUGGCCCGCUCCUUCGGCACCGCCUGGCUGGUCAAGACCUACGUCGUCCCCUACUUUGUGGUCAACGCCUGGCUGGUCACCAUCACCCUGCUCCAGCACACCCACCCCGCCCUGCCCCACUACUACGAGAAGGACUGGGACUGGCUGCGCGGGGCCAUGGCCACCGUGGAUCGCUCUAUGGGCCCCCCCUUCCUGGACGUCUUCUUCCACCACAUCUCUGACACCCACGUCUGCCACCACCUCUUCAGCCAGAUCCCGCACUACCAUGCCCAGGAGGCGACGGCGGCGAUCAAGCCCAUCCUGAAGGAGUACUACCAGAAGGACGAUCGGUGGGUGGGACGCGCUGUGUGGGAGGACUACAGCGCGUGCCGCUACGUCGCCCCGGACACCAAGGAGGACGACUCUGCGCUCUGGUUCCGCAAGUGA